AUUUUUCAAGUUAACCCAUUCAAAAAUAAAAGGGGGGAGGGACAUUAAAGAAAUGCACUGUAUCAUUCAGUAGAAUACUCACGUUAUCAUCAGAAACAAUACUCAAUACGCUUGAUAUUUUAUUUUUUUAAAUUCGAACAGAAAACUCAAAUACAGAACUACUAUAAACAAAAUAAUUUUUGAUAAAUACCGAAUAAACCUUUUAAGUUCUUUUAGAAAGUAUUCACAUACCCAGAAGGUCCAGAAGAUUUCAAUGAAGUGGAAAAAAUGGUGUUCCAGAGCACUUGCCACACUGCUAUGCAGAGCUGCAACAAUCAUUAUCACUGCAGAAUGCUGCUCGCUCCUAUUUUGCACCACUGCGAAAUGUCUCGUUGUAACAGAAACUCCUGCAUGGAAGCCCUUCAGACAUUUUACGGAAAACCAGAUUUUCCAUGGAACCUCGAAAUUGCCUUUUGUUUGUGCAAAAAAACAGACAAUAGACAAGACGCCUGUUUGAUUGCCCAGGAAAAACUCCACCCGGUGUGCGCUCAGAGAGUUGAAGACUCUCCCCAACCCACCUGCUUGCAUCUGGCUGAAGUUUGUCGGGAGAACAAAGACUGUCGGAUGAAACUGGAACAUUAUGAGCAAUCGUGUGCAGUUGAUAGCGUAACAAAAAAAUGUGCCGGAUCGCCAAUAGAAUGCCGAUCAGCAAUCUUGGGAAUUCUCGGAACGGAUUUGAGGACGACGUGUGCCUGCAAAGGGACGGAUAUGACCCAGUUGUAUGAAUGUCUCGGAUGGCAGAGGCUACUUUGGGUCAAUCCAUGUGUUGAAUCGUGUAUUGUACAAAGGCCACAAUUUCCCAAUCAUUUCAUUCCAGAAGGGUCUUUCAAGAGGAUAUAUCAUGAGGAUGAAUUCGAAUGCUCCGAUGUGUGCGAGUGCGAAAUAGGAGAAAAAUUGACAUGUAGGACGAUAUGUAUAGAUCGUAUGCCCUGUAAAACGGAAUUUGCCUACUAUAAUCAUGCUGCACCGGCCUAUCAAGCUUUCAGAGGCAGAUGUUUGUGUUACUCCGGAAGAUUCAUCUGUAUGAAACCAAUGCCAAGCGAUUAUGCACUACCCCAGGGCAUUUACCUCUUUCUGGGUUACAGUGAGGUGGAUGAAAGGGAACUCAAUAAAAAUCAUACGGUGAUUGUUGUACAAGAUAUUGUCAGAGUCUUGCAGAAUUUCAUUGAAGAGGAGGCUGUCAACGGAUUAUCAGUUUUCACAUGA